AAGUUUAAGAAGCCCCGGUAUAGUCCAAGCAUGCCUUGAAAAGCAUGGUAAACAAUUGAUAAAUUGCUUGCCAAUUUGAAAACGUCUCUCUUACUUUUACAGGGUAAUUAAACAUGGAAAAGCUUCACAUGUGUGAUUUGGCUGCUCCCAUCUCUUAAACAGCAUGCUUGUACUCGCCUUUGCACUUUAUUGAUCUGCUACACAGACACUGAUUAACCCUGGAGGGAGCCCGUGCGCACAUCACUGCAGACAGGACGGUCCGAGGAGACCUGUCUGUAAGGCAGGCUGUAACUCCCGCUGCACAGAGGAGAAAAUUUCAGAGAGCUCGCUGCUCAUUCGAACAACAGUGGUUCAACUAAAUAAUAAUACAGAACUGAAUACGUCACCGCUCUUUCUGGUGGCAGAAGACAAUCGACAGAAUGCUUUAAAAGCAAGCUGGUAUACAAAUGUGGAGAUUACCAGUAUCUUAAACUUGAGACCUGGAGAGGACUGAUGCUUUGAAGUUUGGACGAAAGGACAUCUGGGCAGUUGGGUUAUUGCAAGUCAGUGGAUAUUAAAAUACUGUAGUACUACAGGGCUGAGUUUGGGGUGGUGUUAUAUAUCUCAGUGGAUAUACAGUAUCAUGAAUGACUAAAGGGAUUGAGAGCAGCAUGGUUUGAGCACGGCUGGGGGUCAGUGCUGAACCUGUGUUUCCAUUACCUACUGUUAACCAGGCUCAAGCAGCAGCAUACUUCUGUUCAGCUCACACACAGACACACUGGCCAGCACGAGGGUGAAAGCUAAAACUACCUUUAGAGAAUGCAAACUAAACGGACAGUCAACGUUGUUAUAAUGUAUUGUGGAACACUGCAGUUUAUUAACAUACAGAACAAAUGGCAGCCCUAACCUGCUUGAAAAGGGAUGGAGGGAGACCCUAGAAAACACAUCCGUACAGCAAGCGGAUUUUCGUUUAUACAGUGACUGACCUUUGUUCUGACAGCAUACUGUAGGUCUACAACACCAGGUGGGAAUCCAUUGCAAACAAACUUCUGUUGAGCUCCAGACCAGUUGGACUUGCUACCCACCUGCUUCCUGUUGCAAGAUCAGUUCGGGCAGGGGGGGGGUGGGGGCACCAAGAUUUCACUUUGAAGGGAAGUUUGUUUAACGGACGUGCAUCGCCUGUGGACUGUGUGUCUCUCUGCGUGAACAAAGCUGGAUUUACACAGCAGCAGGUCAGGGGUUUGUAUUGCUAAUCUGUUACAUAAAGGUUGCUUUGAGAUUUAUUUCCCAAGCCUUGCUCUUUGUCAUUUCAUUGAAAUUAUGUUGAGCCUGGUCUUCUGCAGCAAAAUCAAGAUUCUAACUGCUUGAGCUGUAAAUUCAGAACAAGAGAGAUUCCUAUAGGAGGAUCGACCAGGUCUGCGCUAAUCUUACUGGACCAGCUCCUGUCUGUAGCUGUAAUGUGGGGAUCGGUGAUAUUCCUACUGCUGUCUCUGAUUCUGCUCAUUGCGAUUCUCCUACUGAGCUGUUUCCGGGACAGAACCACAGCAGCUCUGGGGCACCUGGGCUGGAGGAGCCGGCGUCGAUUGCGCUUCUUGUUCUAUCCCCCCCAGGGUGGGUCGGAGAGACCGCAGCUGAUCUGCAAGCCCUCGACCCUGGCACGCUACCUACUACAACACUGCGGCUCUUUGGGCGGGCCCUGUACCCCAGAUUGGCCCUGGGUGGACCCCCAUUUACAGACCCUGCACAGUCUGGUUUGGCCUUUACAAGGCAGGGCAAUAGAUUUUGCCCGGGACCACCUGCAGCUGCGGGACGGGGGGAUAGUGGCCCUGGACUGGGCCGUGGGGGUCACGAUACGGAACUGGAAAGCCACAGGACCUUCCUCAUCCUCCUCUCCACCUGUGCUGAUCAUAAUCCCCAACUCGUGGGGCAGGCUGACCCCGCAUGUGCUGGAGCUGUGCAGGCUGGCUCUGGAGCAGGGGUUCUACCCAGUGGUCUUCAACAGGCGAGGGCAGGGGGGCUGUCCCCUGGUCACCCCGAGUGUGCAGCAGUUUGGGGACCCCUCUGACCUGAUGGAAGCGGUCUCCUACAUCCGGUUCCGUCACCCCUCUGCGGCGCUGCUGGCUGUGAGUGAGGGCUCGGGCUCAGGGCUGCUCCUGUCCUACCUGGGCGAGUGUGGCUCCUCCUCCUACCUUACCUGUGCCGCCUGCAUCUCACCUGUUUUCAGAGGGCAGCAGUGGUUCGAGUCUCGCCUGCCCUGGCUGUACAGGUGGGCACUACUGCUCUACCAGAAACUCAACCUGUGCAGGUACUCCACGGCUCUCAGCGAGGCGAUGGACACAGACCGGCUGUUCAGCUGCACCUCCCUGCAGCAGUUCGAGGAGCUCCAGUUCUGUACUGGUGGCACUAGAACGCAGUCCCCGCUGAACUGGGAGUCUUACUGGGAGCGGAACGAGCCCCUUCGGGAUGCAGACGAGGUGGCGGUGCCGGUUCUGUGCCUGUGCAGCUGGGACGACCCGAUCCGAGGAGACCCCAGAACCACGCUGCCUCUGGAGCUGUUCGAGACCAGCCCCUUCUUCCUGCUGGCGCUGACACACUGGGGAGGGCACUGCGGGUUUCAGAAAGAGUCCGCCGACGAGGACAGCGGCACCCACUGCUGGAGCCAGGCGGUACUGAUCGAGUACUUCAGGGUGGUGGCGGAAUUCUUCCGGGCCGAGGAGAGGCGGAGCCAGGGUAGGGGCACACCCCCUCGCAGGCGAACCAGCACGCUGUUGCCACGACGACGGAGAGGUACCCUGCAGAGAGAUCCACCAGCCACAGAUGACAUCUUCAACUGGCACAGAUCUUACACACGGUGACCCAGGGACGUGGCUGCCCAGCAGCGUUUAAUACCUACUGUAAUAAUCUACCAGCUUCUCUUUGAUGACCGCAUGCACCCAUUUACAACUGGACGAUUUUAGUUAAAACAAAACAUAUUCAAAAGGGUGGUUAUGGAAAUCACCAGGCCAGUGUGCACUACUGCUGGGUGCUGUGGAGAUAUAAAAAAAACUAAAAUAAAAUCCUUCAACCAAAUCUAAGGUGUGCAUCGUAAAGCAUACACUGUCACCCUUUCUGGCUCUGUGCUGGAGUUUCUAGAUUUCUGUUGCCCAUCAUUUGGUGCCUCUAUCUGCUGCAUUUUACUGCUCUGUAAGAAUGUAACCCCCCCCCCCCCAUACCCAGUGAUGCUGGUAAAUGUUAGAUUUCUUUCUGUGUAAUAUUGUUUAACUCGUGCUGCUGUCCUGAACAAACUCCUCUGGUCACUCAUGAGUGGAAUGAACUUGUACCAGGGUUUACUCGACUAGUAUUAAAAAAAAAAAAAAAAAAAAGAUUAACUGAAGAAUCACCACUCAAAUCCGCACGCCCAUAAACUGGUCCCUUCUUAGUUAUCAGAGCUGACAAACCUUAGAUUGUUCAGGGUUUCUAUGCUCAGGUUUAAAUGCUAUUACGGGUUAUAAGAUUUAGGUAUAAUAUAAUAAUAAUGUAUUAUGUACUGGUAGUAGUUGUUGUACAUGCUUCCUCUUUCUCGCUGCAGGGUAAGCGGCCCCUAUAAGGGAUGGAAAGAUACUGACUACCAGCUCAAAAGAAGUUCUCUGAAGUUUUCUUUAUUUGGCAACCGCAAGCUGCACCCGUGACAUUUCACAGAAAUGUCACCGGCUCAGUCAGAAUAGGAAUAAUUUUAGGAUGUCUGCAAUUCAGAUAAGUUGUUAUUGUUGCAUAUGAUUGGUCUCAUCGUACUCUUCCAAGCUGUUGCUAUCCGCGAAUAUUGAGUUAAGCCUCUGUGAUUGGCUCGCAAUAACCGCAGGUUACAAGGUAUAUAUUAUGCUUACUGACUCUGUGAAGUCAGAACACUGCUUGGUCUUCCUAACACCUACGUGUGUCGAGUGUGCUCUCAGGUUUGCAAACUAUUAAACUCGUUUACUCAAUCUUGUUUGUUCUACCGAGCCUCUAUUAGAGAGUUGAUAUCAAAACUCCCACGACACUACAUUUGCUGAGAUUGUAUUUUUCACUUCAGAAUGCUUGGAGGUGCACAAACAUGAACUUUGCACCAUGGAGUAACACAUGCUUAAACAAACCUCCAGUUUACUCAGAAACAACAGAAAAAAAAGCAAAGCUUGAGCUCUCUUUCCUGAUUUUAAACACAUACCCUAAAUGAAGGCACAGUCCAGAGCUUGUACUAAAAUUACUUUAUUACAGUUGAUUUUUUGUCCAGUAUCCCCUCGUAAAUGAUGCAAAGGAUAAUUACAUGACCCUAAAGAAGUUGUUUUUCUUUCUGACAAUCAGCUUCACAAUCUAUACAAUUAAUACAGGUUAUAUAUGAAUUGUAAUGCAUGUUGAGCCAGGAGAAUCACAGAAUACUGACAAAUAUGCUGUGCAGAAGCCCCGCACUGGUGGAGAAGUGGGGUACAGAGUCAGGGGGAGGCACACAGCUGGCACAGGGGUCUCAGCUUUAGGGACGGGCAAUUGAUGUUGCAUUCCAAGUUGGUUCUAGCAAACAAACUUGGUAUUUUUUUU